AUUAUGAUCUGGCGAAGACUUAUCUGGUAGCUCUAUGGUCGCGGCGUUUUACUGGCCACAGGAAUCAAGAUCUACCAUUUGUUUCCUUCGAUCGGCAGCGUCUCUUCCCACCGCCGGAGUAUGCGGUUCGCCGGCUUCCUCCUCGACGGCGCCGCCCGCACCUUCCGACACCAAGGCGUCAUUUCCAAGCUAUUGGUCGUCCUCGCCGCAAGUGGCGGAGGCAUUGUGGCAUACGCGGAUGCGAGAACAGAUGCAGCUGCGGAGUCUGCUCAAAUUGCCUCCAAAAAGAAGGUGGUAGUGCUUGGAACUGGGUGGGGUGGCACUACCUUCUUGAAGAAUCUCGAUAGCUCCUUGUACGAUGUGCAAGUGAUAUCACCUCGCAACUACUUUGCAUUCACGCCUUUGUUGCCCAGUGUCACAUGUGGAACUGUGGAACCGCGAAGCAUUAUCGAACCCGUGCGUAGAAUCAUAAGAAAGAAGGAUGGACAAAUUAAAUUUUGGGAAGCUGAGUGCUUCAAAAUUGAUCCAGACGCAAAAAAGUUACAUUGCCGUACUAAUAUAGGGACAAAUUUGGAAGGGAACGGUGAGUUUAUUGUCGAUUAUGAUUACUUGGUGAUAACAGUUGGAGCAAGAGCAAGUACAUUCAACACCCCGGGUGUGGUGGAGCAUUGCCAUUUCCUGAAGGAAGUUGAGGAUGCUCAGAAAAUACGUGGAAGUGUGAUAGAUUGUUUUGAAAGAGCUACUCUUCCAGACAUUGAUGAAGAAGAAAGGAAGAGAAUUCUUCAUUUUGUGAUUGUUGGGGCUGGUCCAACUGGUGUCGAAUUUGCAGCAGAGUUGCAUGACUUUUUCGCUGAAGAUUUAGCUAAGUUAUACCCUACUGUAAAAGACCUAGUGAAUAUAACAGUAAUUGGGCAUGCAGAGCACAUUUUGACAAUGUUUGACAAAAGGAUAAGUACAUUUGCGGAACAGAAGUUUCAAAGGGAUGGAAUUGAACUAAAAACAGGAUUUAAGGUUGUGAAAGUAUCUGAUAAAACACUCACUAUGCAAAAUGGAAUUCACCAACAGUUUUCUGUUCCAUAUGGAAUGGCUGUAUGGUCAACUGGUAUUGGAGCCCAUCCUUUCAUAUUGGAAUUCAUGAAACAAAUUGGUCAGGGUAACAGGCGUGCCUUAGCUACAAAUGAAUGGCUGAGAGUAAGAGAGUGUACUGAUGUGUAUGCUAUUGGCGAUUGUGCUACAAUUGCUCAAAGUAAAAUCAUGGAUGAUAUCUUGGAGAUAUUUAGAUUUGCUGAUAAAGAUAAUUCAGGAAGUUUAACCAUGAAAGAAAUUGAAGAUGUUUUAGAAGAUAUCUGCGCAAAGUACCCUCAGGUAGAACUCUAUCUGAAGAGCAACCACAUGAGCAACAUAGUUGAUUUAAUAAAGGCUUCCAAAGAUGCUGAUAAAAUGGAAUCUGAAGGAAUUAACAUAGAAGAGUUCAAAAUUGCUCUUGCUAAUGUGGAUUCUCAGGUCAAAAGUCUUCCUGCUACAGCUCAGGUAGCUGCACAACAAGGGAUAUACCUUGCUAGAUGCUUUAACAAAAGGAAGGACUGUGAAGAAAAUCCUGAAGGUCCACAGAGGAUCAAGGAAGCGGGAAGACAUCACUUUUUUCCCUUUAGGUAUAAGCAUUUUGGGCAAUUUGCACCGUUGGGUGGAGAGCAAACAGCUGCAGAACUCCCGGGCGACUGGAUCUCCAUUGGACACAGCACACAAUGGUUAUGGUACUCUGUUUACGCAAGCAAGCAAGUAAGUUGGCGCACUAGGACGUUGGUGAUAUCUGACUGGGCAAGGCGAUUUGUAUUUGGGAGGGACUCCUGCCGCAUAUAGCCUAGCGAUUUGUUUGACACGAACAGAGUUUGUGUAUUAUCGAUCGAUUAUUUUCACAUCUCUCUCCUGUUAUGAUUUAGUGCACUGUGUCGUUGAUUGGUGAAAUGAGUGUGGAAAGUUCUCUGUUUUGAUCUUGUAAUAGAGCAAGAGAAUCGCUCGCAUCACUGCAUUCCGGAAAACUAUUACACAAUUCAAAUAAAGAAUUGCUCUUGAAAUAUUACAAUGCUCA